CCUCGGAGAGCAGUGUGCAGUAGCCGAUGGGGGUCACACGUGUUCCUUGACUCCGCCCACUGGGUAUAAAACAGGGUCGGCGAGGCUGUAUAGUCUUUGGUGACGAUGUUCAGGUUACUAUCGUUGGUGCUACUUUGUGCUUCUGUGUUCGCUUCCAUCGAUAGUGGAGACAGGCGCGAUCACGAGUUUCGAUUUCAUCGAGUAAAAAGCCUUCGACAAAAGAUUGAUGAGGCUUUUCAACGAUGGGAUCAGUACAAGGAAGCCUUUGGCAAAACUUACAAAGAAGAAGAAGAGAAUGACUACAUGGAGGCUUUUGUGAAAAAUGUCAUCCAUAUCGAAGAGCACAACCCCCGAAAUUAUCGUUUUCAAUUUUGGCCCUUCUCACAAUAUCGGAAAUUGAAUGGAUAUCGUCACCAUGGCGCUUUCGGCGAUGCAUUGCCAAGCAAUGGCACCAAGUGGUUGGCACCUUUCAAUGUUGACAUUCCUGAGUCAGUCGACUGGCGAGAAAAGGGACUAGUCACCGAUGUCAAAAACCAAGGAAUGUGCGGAUCUUGCUGGGCUUUCUCUGCCACAGGAGCUCUCGAAGGACAGCAUGCUCGUGCUGCUGGAAAAAUGGUUUCCCUUUCUGAACAAAAUCUGGUAGACUGCUCAACAAAGUAUGGAAACCAUGGUUGCAACGGUGGUCUCAUGGAUCUUGCUUUCGAAUACAUCAAGAAUAACCAUGGAAUUGACACUGAAGAGAGCUACCCCUAUGUUGGCAGGGAAAUGAAAUGCCAUUUCAAGGCGAAGGACAUCGGUGCCGAUGACAAAGGCUUUGUAGAUCUUCCAGAAGGAGACGAGGAAGCCUUGAAGGUCGCAGUAGCAACCCAAGGGCCAAUCUCUAUUGCUAUCGAUGCAGGUCAUAGAACAUUCCAGCUGUAUAAGAAAGGUGUCUACUACGAUGAGGAAUGUUCUUCGGAGGAGCUUGACCAUGGUGUUCUUCUCGUUGGAUAUGGCACUGACCCAGAAGCUGGAGAUUACUGGCUCGUUAAGAACAGCUGGGGCGAGAAAUGGGGAGAGAAGGGUUACAUCCGUAUUGCUCGCAAUCGUAAUAAUCACUGUGGUGUCGCCACAAAGGCCAGUUAUCCUCUCGUCUGAACAUCAUUGAUUAUCUAAGGGUAUCAAAAUGCUUUUAUUGCCAAUUGUUCUCAAAAAAGAAAAUUUUUCUGUGCAUAGCUCCCACUUGCCAUUUUUUGUGUCUUAU